AAUCUCCUCUUUGUCUCACCCUUUUGCGUGUGUUUUGUGUGUGGCCACUAAUGUAGCAAAAAACAGAGUACUUUGGUAGGGAAUAGCCAGACACAAAGAGAGGGCGAGAUCUUAUCCAUGGCGGCCAUUGCUAGUCUCCAAGCAAUCCAUCUCAAAUUUGGACGACGUGGCAGCAUCCGGUGUGGGAUCGCGGAGCCGAGCGGAGAGCCAGCUCCUGUGGGGCAGAAGACAAGAUACAACGAUGGUUUGGCUGAGAGAGUGUUCAUGGGGCUGUUCGCGAGGAAGAUGGACAAGUUUGGUGGCUCAAAGAAGAAGAAUGAAAUAAAGGAGAAAGGGGUUUGGGACUAUGACUACGAGAGCUUCGUUGAGGUUUCAAAGAGAGUGAUGCAGGGACGGUCCAGGUCUCAGCAACAAGAGGUUGUGAGGGAGGUUCUUCUCUCCAUGCUUCCUCCUGGUGCUCCUGAACAGUUUAGAAAACUGUUCCCACCUACGAAAUGGGCAGCAGAGUUCAAUGCAGCUCUCACGGUGCCUUUCUUUCACUGGUUGGUUGGUCCUUCUCAGGUCAUAGAAGUGGAAGUGGAUGGUGUGAAACAGAGAAGUGGCGUUCGUAUAAAGAAAUGCAGGUAUCUGGAGAACAGUGGGUGUGUAGGAAUGUGUGUGAAUAUGUGCAAGAUCCCAACACAAGAUUUCUUCACCAAUGAGUUUGGCCUCCCACUCACCAUGAACCCAAAUUUUGAUGAUAUGAGUUGCGAGAUGAUAUACGGACAAGUGCCUCCGUCCUUUGAGGAUGAUCCAGCCACCAAACAACCUUGUUUAGCGGACAUAUGUUCUAUAGCCAAUCCGAGCUCCCCAGUCUGCCCUAAACUACAGGCAUGAACACCAUUGGAUCAGCCAGAUGUGCUAUUUCCAGUAGAUAUAUACAUUACAUACGUUUCACAAACACAUACACAUAAAAGUCAACAAUGUGGAGAGUUUGAUACUAGUUAGUAUUAUUCUCUACUUCUAUGCUGGUUGAGUUGUGAAAUUAUCCAAUAAAAAUACACACACUUGAGCUUACU